CUGCUCGGCGUCCAGAAACUUCUACACCGCGGCAGCUUAUUUAUAGAGCCAGCCAUCUUCCUGCCCCGGCGCACAGUGUGGCUGUAGAGUAUCAGGAGCAGCAGCAGCAGCAGCAGCUCACUUUAACAGAGAGAAGACCAGCACUGAACUCACUGAGGGGGACUGAGACUCUUUGGUCGCUGUCAAACAUGGUUCGAGAAACCGGUUACUAUGAUAUUCUUGGAGUCAGCCCAAAAGCCUCCGCAGACGAAAUAAAGAAAGCGUAUCGAAAACUGGCCCUGAAAUACCACCCAGAUAAGAAUCCAAACGAGGGAGAAAAGUUUAAGCUUAUAUCCCAAGCCUAUGAAGUCCUGGCAGAUCCCAAAAAGCGGGACUUGUAUGACCAAGGAGGUGAACAAGCCAUUAAAGAAGGAGGCAUGGGUGGAGGGGACUUCUCCUCGCCAAUGGACAUUUUCAACAUGUUCUUUGGUGGCGGUGGUGGUGGCAGAGGCCAGAGAGAAAGAAGAGGAAAGAACGUUGUCCACCAGCUGGGUGUCACACUUGAAGAAAUGUACAACGGUUCAACCAGAAAACUUGGUCUCCAGAAAAAUGUAGUCUGUGAGAAAUGUGAUGGUUAUGGAGGAAAGAAGGGGACUCUUGAGAAAUGCUCAAAUUGCAAAGGCAAAGGAGUUCAAAUAAAGGUGCAACAGAUUGGGCCAGGGAUGAUUCAGCAGAUACAGAGCAUGUGCUCUGAAUGCCAGGGACAGGGAGAGAAGUUCAGUGCUAAGGACCGCUGUAAGAACUGCAAUGGGCAAAAAGUGGAACGAAAAAAGAAGAUUCUCGAGGUCCACAUUGACAAAGGUAUGAAAGAUGGACAGAAAAUCACAUUCCAUGGAGAGGGUGAUCAGGAGCCAGAUCUGGAACCUGGGGAUGUCAUCAUUGUCCUUGAACAAAAGGAGCACCCUGUAUUCCAGAGGCAAGAAGAGAACCUGAUUAUGAAGAUGCAGAUAAAACUGGUGGAGGCACUGUGUGGUUUCAAAAAGACAAUACGUACACUAGACAACAGAACGCUCAUCAUCAGUUCACCUCCAGGUCAGGUAAUAAAACCCAAUGAUGUGAAGUGUAUUCAGAAUGAGGGAAUGCCUUUGUACAGAGAUCCAUAUGAAAAAGGACUACUAAUUAUUCAGUUUGAGGUUGAGUUCCCAGAUAAUCACUGGCUCCCUGACAACAUGUUUCCUGCACUGGAGCAAUUUCUUCCAAGAAGAGAUGAUGUAAUGAUAACUGAUGACAUGGAAGAUGUGGACCUCUGUGAAGUGGACACGGAAUCUCAGAGAAGAAAAUACAGUGGAGAAGCCUAUGAUGAAGAUGAUGGUCCCAGAAGCCAUGGAGUACAGUGCCAGACUCAGUAAAUGUCAUUUUCAGUGCAGCAGCUUUUUCAUAGUUUUCUUUUCUUGUGCAAAUGCAACACGAGUUGUUAAAUGUUUUUUAAAAAAAGUUAAUUGGACAUUGAUAUCGUACUGUUAUUGGGUAGCUUACAAAACAUGAACAGGGAUUCACAAAUCUGCUGAAACCUUAUGUUAUUGAAAUGGACCAGCAACUGCUUUAUUAUUUUGAGUGCUGAAGAAUUUCCUCCUACCAAAUGUACAAAUCCAGUCUAGUCUGGUUCACCAGUAAACCUAUUUCAUAGCUGUGGUGUUUAUGCAUGUACUUUUUGAAUGUGUUGGAGUGAGUGUAAUGUUUCCUUUUAUAUGUUCCUUCUGUCCCUUAUUUAUUUCUUUUUUAACUUUGAUUUUUCCAAAUGAAAAAGCUCUGAAACUUCUGAUGAUGGCAUUAGUAUGCUUUCUAUGAAGGUACCAACUGCCUCAUGACGCACCUGUAUCUUUGAAAUAUAUUUUUUCUCUAAUAAAAUGUUAAUCAUUUAA